CACACAAUGCACAUCGUCUGGCGGGAUUCGGCUGAACCAGCCGUGUACGAAGAGGCUCGUGUAGGUCGUGUAUUCAAUCACCGUCGACCCCAGCGCUUUCCCUUGGCAAUUGUCAAAGCUACCAGCACAAAGGAUAUCAUUGCUGCAGUGAAGCUAGCCGCCGAAAAGAACUGUCGCGUUGCUAUACGAUCGGGAGGACAUUCAUGGGCAGCAUGGAGUGUCCGCGAUGAAUCCAUCCUCAUUGAUCUGGGGAACUACAAGCACUUGGAAGUGGAUGCAGAGAACCGCAUUGCGAUAGCCACUCCCAGUAUGACAGGAAAGGAGCUCAAUGGAGUUCUGAUCAAGGAUUAUGGUUUGAUGUUCCCGGGCGGACACUGUCCCGACGUGGGCCUGGGUGGCUUUCUGCUACAAGGCGGAAUGGGAUGGAAUUGUCGUAAUUGGGGCUGGGCCUGUGAACGAGUUCAGGCAGUGGAUGUAGUGACAGCCACAGGCGAGCUGCUUCACUGCAAUGCCACCCAAAACCGCGAUCUCUACUGGGCAGCCAGGGGAGCUGGUCCUGGCUUCCCAGGUGUGGUGACGCAGUAUCAUCUGGAACUAAUUCCAUAUCCUAAGGAUGGUUUCCGCUCGUCUGGCUAUGUCUAUCCCAUUCGACAGUACCGACAAGUCUUCGACUGGCUGCUCUCCAUCACUCCUAGUUUUGACGAGGACACUGAAAUCGCCGCAGUGGCCGCGUACCCAGAGGGGAUUGACGAGCACUGCUUCUUUGUCCUAUUCGUCGCCAUGAAGUCAACCCCUGAAGAGGCCGAGAAGGCUUUACGCCCAGCGCAGAUCACCCGGCCAACGGGGGCGAUCCAGGAGUGGUUCUGCCAGGUGGAUAGCUUGGAGAAUCAAUAUACUAAUCAAGCUAACGCUAACCCGGAGCGACACCGGUACUGCGCCGAAAACGCCUACAUUCGAAAUGAUGCCGAUGUUCCCGCCGUGCUGGAGGAGGCGUUUACGACACUGCCCCACAAGAAAGCGUUUGCCCUCUGGUACGCCAUGUAUCCUUGCAGCCGUCGGAAACUACCCGACAUGGCAUUGAGCAUGCAGUCCGAUCAUUACUUUGCACUCUACACUGUGUGGGAGGAGGAGAAGGACGAUGCGAGAUGUCAAGCGUGGGUGGCUGAUGUGAUGAAGAGGGUCCAGCGACAUGGCGUUGGGUCUUAUCUGGGGGAUGCGGACUUUCAGGUGCGAAAGACAAAGUACUGGGCCGAUGAUAAUGCUCGACGGUUGAUGGACAUCCGCCGCAAAUGGGAUCCUCAGGGGCGUAUCUGUGGGUAUUUGGACAAGGAUGAUCGGUCUGGAACGAGAGGGCUGGACAAUGCCAAGGAGUCGAAGUUGUGAUUGAUUAUUGUGUUACGUGGCUGUUUGCUUGCCGGAUAAAUAUUUUCG